GAGCACCUCAUCAUAGUUCAAAGAAAGAUAAGGUGGGAGACUUGAUGGCUGCAAUGCAGACGGCAGGAGCAUCUGCUCUUCCAAAUGCAAAUUAUCACAAUGAAAUUUACAAGCCAUCCGUAACGGGUUCGAGUCUCAAUCCAAAAUUUAGUGGUUGCAGAAGAAAAUAUGUAAAUGGAAAACACAAUUGCCUUGUCAGAGCCUCCAUCGAAAAAGACCAACAAGAGAUACAAAUAGGGAGGAGACAAUGGUUAGUUGAGACUGCUGGAGCAGGUGUUUCCUUUUCAUUGGCUGCUCUUUCCCAAGGAAUUGGAGUUGGAAUUGCAAAGGCAGAGGAUGUGGGCCUUUCAGAGUGGGAGAAAGUGCCCCUUCCCAUUAAUCCAGGAGUUGUCCUCCUUGAUAUUGCUUUUGUUCCAGACGACCCCAACCACGGCUUUCUUCUUGGUACAAGACAAACUCUGUUGGAAACAAAGGAUGGGGGCUAUUCUUGGUUUCCACGAUCAAUCCCUUCAGCAGAAGACGAGGACUUCAAUUAUAGAUUUAACUGCAUAAGUUUUAAGGGAAAGGAGGGUUGGAUUGUUGGAAAGCCAGCCAUUUUACUUCACACUUCUGAUGCUGGAGAAAGCUGGGAGCGUGUACCUUUAAGUUCUCAGCUUCCUGGGGACCUGGUAUAUAUUCAAGCGACUGGUGAAAAAAGUGCAGAGAUGGUCACCAAUGAAGGAGCCAUUUAUGUAACUUCAAAUAAAGGCUACAACUGGAAGGCUGCUGUGCAAGAAACUGUUUCUGCUACCUUAAACCGUACAGUCUCAAGUGGCAUUAGUGGUGCAAGCUACUACACUGGAACAUUCAACACGGUUAAUCGUUCUCCUAAUGGUGAUUAUGUGGCAGUUUCUAGUCGUGGGAAUUUUUAUUUAACCUGGGAGCCUGGUCAGCCAUAUUGGACCCCACACAACAGAACUAGUGCUCGCAGGAUACAGAACAUGGGUUGGCGUGCUGAUGGUGGGCUGUGGCUUGUUGUUCGUGGUGGUGGUCUCUACCUUAGUAGAGGGACGGGGAUCACUGAAGAGUUUGAUGAAGUACCAGUUUCCAGUCGGGGAUUUGGAAUUCUUGAUGUUGGCUAUCGUUCAAAGGAUGAAGCUUGGGCAGCUGGCGGCAGUGGCAUUUUGUUGAGGACAGAAAAUGGUGGGAAGACAUGGACCCGUGAUAAGGCUGCAGAUAAUAUUGCUGCUAAUCUUUAUGAUGUUAAGUUUGUUGAUGAUAAAAAAGGUUUUGUGUUAGGGAACAAUGGAGUUCUUCUUCGGUACCUUGGAUAAAUAAUAGCAAAUAGAAACAACUAAUGUCUUCUUUGGUAGAAGUGUUUAUGGGAAUUUUGCUAAUUUUGUAAAUUUAUGAAUAAUUAUUAUUGCAUGUAAUGGAGAAAUCCAUGUGUUGUAAGAAUCUUGGCUUGCUUUUCUUGUAAAAUAUAUUGUAUUGAGGCCAUAAUAUCUAAAAACAAAAUUAGUUAAUUUUUUUGUGGGUUAGUCUUUUAUACAUUUUGAAAUUUGAAUCUCAUACACAUUGAUAUUUAAACAUAAUGUGAAUCAUUAUUGAAGAUUUAA